AUGUCAUUUCUUCGGAGUGUCGGAGAUUAUUUCAAUGAAAUUGAGAAUUUGAACUAUGGCCAAAACUGGAAGAAUGGCGAGAAAAUGUCAAAAUUGCUAUCUCUCGAAGAUGAACACUCAAAGCAUUCUUUCCUACAGGUGAAUGAUUAUGGAGAAAAAAACAGACGCUGUCGAGUAGCGGAAGAUGAAGCUCUUGAUGAGAUUGUCUGCUUGCACCUUCAUGUUCUCUACAAUGUUCAUGAAGCAAAAGAUUUGAUCACAGCUCAAUCGACACAGAUACGUAUCAUUCAAGUGUUCAACAAAGAAAUACUGCAAAAAAGAAGAGAUGAAAACUGGUUUCUGCCCAUUUUCUAUCGUCUGUGUACCGACCUAAGGUGGCUCAGUAAAGAAGCACAAUCAUGUGCUUCUGGAGAUGACGAAGGAGAAUCAAAUGCUGAUUCCUACUUCGAGAGUGCAGCCAAAGCAAUCACCGAGUGCUAUAGAACAUGUGUCUCGGAUGUACACGCCGAAGAAGGAAGAACGAAAAAAGUAGCUAUGUUGAAUAUGACAAAUCAACUUUUCCAAAUCUAUUUCCAGAUAAACAAGUUGAAUCUGUUAAAACCGUUGAUUCGUGCUAUAGAUAACUGUGGACCACUCUAUAGCAAAUUUUUGAUGGCUGACAAGGUCGCCUACAAUUACUUCUUGGGAAGAAAAGCAUUGUUUGAUGGAGAGCUGAGUCUGGCUGAAAAAUCUUUGAUGUAUGCAUUCCGCAACUGUCCAGCUGAAUGUAUGUCAAACAAGAAGAAAAUUUUAAUAUACUUGAUUCCUGUGAAAAUGUUCCUCGGACAUAUGCCAACUGCUUCGCUUCUUCAUGAAUAUCGGCUCGAUGAAUUUCAAGAGGUUGUAGCAGCUGUCAAAGAUGGAGAUGUUGGUCGAGUCGACGCUGCACUUACCAAAAAUGAACCAUUUUUCAUCAAAUGUGGAAUUUUCCUGGUCCUCGAAAAGUUACGGACAAUUACUUCUCGAACUUUGUUCAAAAAAGUAAGCCAAAUAAUCGGAACAACUCAAAUUCCACUCGAAGCAUUCCUAACCGGUCUACGCUUGGUUGGAGUCACUGAUGUUAAUAUGGAUGAAUUGGAAUGCAUAAUUGCAAAUCUUAUUGCAGAGAAAAAAAUCAAGGGAUAUUUGGCUCAUCAACAACAAAAACUGGUAAUCUCGAAGACGAAUGCAUUCCCAACUCUCUCUUCCGUCACCUCAAGCUGA